CAGGGGCCCUCAGAAGGCAGAGCAAAGCCACCACCAAAAUCUCUCUCCAAUAAACACAAAGAGAGCAAAAGCAGCAACACCUAAACCAGAAAAAGAAAAUGGGCAGCUCCAACAUGUCCAUGUUGGCCAUGGCCAUGGCGGUUGUGGUGUUGAGCAUGACCAGUUGCUUCGGACAGACAAACGAUACGACGCAGGCUUGUGCUCAGGGCCUGUUGACCUGCGCAAGCUACCUCAACAACACGAAUCCUCCGUCCGCCACGUGUUGCACCGGCAUCAAACAGACCAUUGCCACCCAGUUCACCUGCCUCUGCAGCCUCUUCUUCGAGCCUGGACUUCUCGAGGCUUAUGGUGGCAACACCACUUCGGGUCUCAGAAUCGCCACCGCCUGCGGCGAAAAAAUGGACGUCAACAAAUGCAAAGCUGCCCUUGGUGCUCCCACUCCACAAUCCCCACCUGCAAGCCCAGGGGACAAUGCAGGCUCAAGCAAGAUAGCGUGGACUGGGUUUUCUGCUCUGCUAUUAUUUUGGGCUUCUGUCAUGUUCCAUUGAGUAAACAAUGCAAAGAUCAGAUCGCUAUUAGGGUUCCUGAGUUCACAGAUUUGGAGAUGUUGUUAUUUGCUAUUGUUGUUGUUUUAUAUAAAUUUAUUUGAUUAGCAUUUUUUAAUCUUGAUUAGAUCAUAUUGGUCAGUAAGUAAGUGUUGUCUAUGUUCUGUGUUGCACAAUUUGAAGGUUACAUCGUGUGUGUGGUGCUUUUGAUGGCACCAUUGACACCAGGCUAUUUCUUUCAAAUGUCGGACGAAAUAAAAUCAUGUUGGUUUUCUUUAA